UUGUGUGAUUUUUAACUUUGUCCACCCCAGUCCAACACUAGCACCUCCAAAUGCUGUUUCCUCCUGCAGUCUCACUCCUGACCAGACGGUGGCGAUGUUUGCUGCUUCUUUGCCCAUAUCUUGUCUCAGUGAAUUGCUAUUGAAGAUGGCGGUGCGGAAGAAGGACGGAGGCCCGAAUGUGAAAUAUUUCGAGGCCUCAGAUACGGUGUCGCAGUUUGAUAAUGUGCGCCUGUGGCUGGGGAAGAACUAUAAAAAGUACAUCCAAGCAGAGCCACCAACAAACAAGUCUCUUUCCAGUCUGGUUGUCCAGCUGUUGCAGUUCCAGGAGGAGGUGUUUGGAAAACACGUAAGCAAUGCACCUCUUACCAAAUUGCCAAUGAAAUGUUUCUUAGACUUCAAAGCUGGUGGAGCUUUGUGCCAUAUUCUAGCUGCUGCUUACAAAUUUAAGAGUGACCAAGGAUGGCGACGCUUUGAUUUUCAGAACCCUUCCCGCAUGGACCGCAAUGUGGAAAUGUUUAUGACUAUUGAAAAGACACUGGUUCAGAACAACUGUUUGUCUCGACCCAACAUCUAUAUAAACUCAGAUAUAGAACCUAAGUUACUGAGUAAACUGAAAGACAUCAUUAAGAGGCACCAGGGUACUGUUACUGAGGACAAGUCAAAUGCUUCACACGUUGUUUACCCUAUUCCCGGCAGCACUGAAGAAGAAGAGUGGGUGCGGCCAAUAAUGAAGCGAGAGAAGCAGGUCCUCCUACAUUGGGGUUAUUGUCCUGACAGUUAUGAUACAUGGAUUCCAGCCAGUGAAAUUGAGGCAUCGGUUGAGGAUCCCCCACCAACUGAGCGGCCCAGGAAGGUUCAUGCUAAGUGGAUAAUGGACACUGAUACUUUUAAUGAAUGGAUGAAUGAGGAGGACUAUGAGGUGAAUGAUGACCGGGCACCUGUUGUUCGAAGGAAGAGAAUUUCUGCCAAGACAUUAACAGAAGAGGUGCACAGCCCAGACUCAGAUCGGAGAGAUAAGAAGGGAAGCAGUCACAAAAAACGGAAACGUUCGCCUUCUCCUUCACCAACUCCAGACUCCAAGAAAAAGAACACCAAAAAAGGACGCAGUCCUGCCACACCAUAUGCCAAGUCAAAGCGAGGACAUCGAGAGGAGGACCAAGAGGACCUGACCAAGGACAUGGAUGAACCCUCCCCUGUCCCCAACGUAGAAGAGGUCACACUACCGAAAAGUGUGAACACGAAGAAAGAUUCUGAAUCGGCUCCAGUGAAAGGUGGCACUAUGACUGAUCUCGAUGAGCAGGAGGAUGAUAAUCUGGAGACGACUGGCAAGGAUGAGGAAGAUACUUCUGCUGGAAACAAAGGGGAACAAACAAAAAAUCCUGAUUUGCAUGAGGACAAUGUUACAGAGCAGACUCACCACAUUAUCAUACCUAGUUACGCAGCAUGGUUUGACUACAACAGUGUCCAUGCCAUUGAACGUCGUGCUCUUCCAGAAUUCUUUAAUGGAAAAAACAAGUCCAAAACCCCAGAGAUUUACCUUGCCUAUCGUAAUUUCAUGAUUGACACCUACCGUCUGAAUCCACAGGAAUACCUCACAUCAACAGCAUGCCGUCGAAAUCUUGCAGGAGAUGUUUGUGCAAUAAUGAGGGUGCAUGCUUUUCUCGAGCAAUGGGGACUCAUUAAUUACCAAGUGGAUGCAGAAAGCCGACCGACACCCAUGGGUCCUCCCCCAACAUCGCAUUUCCAUGUGCUUGCUGAUACACCUUCCGGUCUGGUGCCUCUUCAGCCCAAAGCUCCACAGACAUCAGCAUCCCAGCAAAUGCUUAAUUUCCCUGAUAAGAACAAAGAGAAAGCAGCAGACAUGCAGAACUUCGGACUGCGUACUGAUAUGUACGCUAAGAAAAAUGUUCCUUCUAAGAGUAAAGCAGCUGCUAGCGCUACCAGAGAGUGGACAGAACAAGAAACACUUUUACUACUCGAGGCACUGGAGAUGUAUAAGGAUGAUUGGAAUAAAGUCUCAGAACAUGUAGGCAGUCGCACACAAGAUGAAUGUAUCUUACAUUUCUUACGUUUACCGAUAGAAGAUCCAUAUCUUGAAGACUCUGAAGCCUCCUUAGGUCCGUUGGCUUACCAGCCAAUCCCUUUCAGUCAGUCUGGCAAUCCUGUCAUGAGCACUGUGGCAUUCCUGGCUUCAGUGGUUGACCCACGUGUGGCAUCAGCUGCUGCAAAAUCUGCAUUAGAGGAGUUUUCUAAGAUGAAGGAGGAGGUUCCCUCAGCUCUGGUAGAAGCUCAUGUAAAGAAAGUAGAAGAUGCUGCUAAAGUCACUGGGAAGGCAGAUCCAACAUAUGGACUGGAAAGCAGUGGAAUUGCAGGAACUACCCCAGAUGAGCCAGAGAGGUUGGAGGAGGCUGGCGAUGAAAUGAAGUCAGAUACCCAAUCAGCAGAAGAGAAAAAAGAAACAAAGGAGAACAAAGAAGUAGUAGUGGAAGAUGAAAGUAAGGAGAAACAGCCUGACUCUUCGAAAAAGGAAGAAGAUAAAACAAAAGAAUGUGAACCAGAGAAAGAAAAUGAAAAGGCUGAGGUAGAAGUAGCAGACAUAGAAAGGGAGAAAGAAAAUAAAGAAUUCCCGGAGGAUGGAGCAAAGAAGGAUGGCGAGUCAGAAACAGAUAAGAAAACAAAACUGGAGAGAGAUAUUGGUGAAGGGAAUCUGUCGACAGCAGCAGCAGCAGCAUUAGCUGCAGCUGCAGUUAAAGCAAAGCACCUUGCUGCAGUGGAGGAGCGAAAAAUCAAAUCAUUGGUAGCACUACUUGUUGAAACACAGAUGAAGAAACUUGAAAUCAAACUGCGACAUUUUGAAGAACUUGAGACUAUUAUGGACAGAGAGAGAGAGGCUUUGGAAUACCAGAGACAACAGCUUCUCUCAGACAGACAAGCCUUUCACAUGGAGCAACUGAAGUAUGCUGAGAUGAGAGCACGGCAACAACACUUUCAACAAAUGCAUCAACAGCAGCAACAACAGCAUCAGCUCCCAUCUGGCCCCCAGGCCAAUCAACAACCAGCCAUCAUUCCUACAUCUGUGCAACCAGUACCGCCUGCUGCAGUUCAACAGGGAACUGUAAACCAGGGUUCAGGUGAUUCCAUAACUCAGUCCAUUCCACAACAACAGCAGACACCACCAACACAACAACAGCACCAGCAGCAGCAACAGGCUCAACCUGCCGUUCUUCCUCAUGGUCAGCCACCAUUUCCAAGUCAACAAGCUCCAAAUCAACUGAUGCCCAGUAACAUGCCUGUUGGCAUGCCUGCGAACAUGUCUGGUAAUAUGGCUGCUGGUAUGCCUUCUGUUGUGCCAGCCAUUAUUGCAUGUAGCAUGGGUAGUGUCAUCUCAGAAAAUGUUCCAGCUAACCUCCCUGCUAGCAUGCCAAACCAAGUGCAUGGUCAUUUACCCAGUAGCAUGCCUGGGGGUGGCCCUGGCAACAUGUGUAUAGGGUUGCCAGGACAUUUGCCUGUAGAUCUGCCUAGCUCUGUACAUCCUAACAUACCCGGAAACACCAUCCCACCUUCCUUGUCUCUAACUUCCACCCCAACGUCAGCAGCUGCUCAGAGCCCUGCCAUUGUAGCCGCCAUGCAGGGGAAUACAAGUCCGUUGCAAGAACAAGGCGCCACAAUGCAGACAGAGGUGAUGGCGACUCCAUCAGCGGCAGUGCCCCCAUCACAAUGAAGUGCAACACCUGGAGCAAGACACAGCAUUUUCUCGAGAAUGGAUAUGGUGUACACAUGUGAAGAUCAGUUUUGGUGGAUAUGCUGAAAUGUACUCAUUCGCAAGUUUAAUGUGAUCAAAAGAAUCCACAAUUCUGAUCUUUAGUGGAGGUGAUUCUGGUGUCAGUAUUGUAAGAGGUGAUGUGUGCAAUGGAAAGUGACAAUGCUACAGACCAAUGUAAAGCUCAUUGUAUACAAUUAUGCUAUUAUUGCUAAUGCUACACCAUCCAUGCUCUCGAUUUGAAACUACCUAGGUUCUGUUGCAAAUAAUACAAACUGUCAUCUUUAAUUUGAGUGAGCAUGCCCCUAUUUUGUUCAAUGCCUUGUUGAGUUUUGCUACUUUUCAUAUUGUGUCAAUUGUGAAAUAUCUUGUGCCAAUUUUGGGAGAAUUUGAUGCUGAGAAGACAGUAACUGCCCAUGCAACUUUUUACUUUGUUCUUUCUUUACAAUCAGCAGUUUACCUGCUAAAUAAUUCUGCCUUUAGCCCUGGUCCAUUGUAUAGUGUGGUAAUAUUGUCAAGUUGGGCUGUGGCUAAGCCAAAAGUUUGAAAUUCCAAGUUCUAUCUUUAUGAGACACCAUACUUCAAGACUCUGUCUUCCAUUUUAAUUCAGAAGGUUCCAAAAUCAUUGUGUUCGAAUGUGCGAUUAGGAGUAAGGCAAAGCAGAAGAAAGGCUGACCCAGUGAGAAUUGGCCCAGGACAGGAAGAUGUGCAAGUGAGCCCACGACAGGAGCUUUAAAUCUGAUGUCAACCCCUGUGAGAAGGUGGUUUUUGGCAUAAAGGCACCUCGUUCCAGUCCUGUUUUCAAGCCUUUUCUGACUUUGGGAAAGAGCUGGACUUAAUUUGCUAUUGAUAAGUUUAACAUUAGUGUUUCACUUUCAGUUAAAUCAUGUCAGUAGCAAGAGUUCUAGCCUGUUAGACCUGGCAGAUGAUGGUGUUUCUUAGUGGUAUCUGCUUAUUUGUUUUCACGUUUCCUCCUCCUAAGGAUGAAGCAAACCUUAAAAUGGGAUUGUCUUGUUGGGACUUCACCCAAAAGCAGCCUGUGGGGGAGAUUUGCCUGGGCCUUCACCGAGAUAUUGCACCUGAGAGCACUGACCUCUGGACAGUCAGUAAGCUGGCUGAGAGCAGAGAGCCAGGAAAUCUCCCCUCCUAUUUUAGUUUUUUUUUUAAUCCAGACAUCUUUAGUAACCAAUCUCACUGAAAAUGGUAAUAUUUCAAAUAAUGGAGAACACAUCAAAGUUGCUGAUGUCGCAAUGAUUCUUUGUGUCCUAAGUAUUGUGUUGGUUAAUAAGGGUUGGUAUGUCUUGUAGCUGAUCGAAUUAGUGAUAGUUAUCAUGAUGAGAUUUGCAAUUUCUAAAUGAAGUCGGAGGCCAAUUAUAUUAUUUGAUGGGCUGUGUAUGGCUUUCUGGUCCAGACACCAUUUCAUUGAUUGCUGUGUGUAGAGCUGGGUCCCAAGGGAUUCUAUACUGCUGUCAAGAAAGUAAACUCUCUAAUGAAUUUGUUUAGGAGAGAAAUCUAAGUAAAAGCUCAUACAUGAUUCAAUGCAGUUUUUAUGUUGUAAGUAAAAUGCAGUGCUUUACACAAAGUUUUGAGUUUUUCACUCCCCUAUUCAUUUGGACAUUUGGGUCCCUUUUUUUAAAAUGUUGAUAGUUUAGAUACCAAGAAGCAGGUAGUCAUAUUGUCCUGCCCCAUAACCCCGCAGAAUAGCAAAAUUGUUGCACGGUCCAAAUAUAUAAUUUUUCCACUCAUGACAUUGGGAAGAUUUAAGGAUUUAACCUCCUAUUGUUUAACCCAGAAAUGUAUCAAGCUUAAAAUUUUCUUUCUUGUGAGUUUAUUUCUCAAACAAGAAUUCAAAGUUUUAAUAUUGUAAUGGGAUUGUUUCGUAAAUCCUACUUAAUGGGGUUAUUAACAGUGACAUGAUUGUUAUUGGGUUGUAGAUACAGAAAUGCAUCCUGCUGUCUUGAUCCCAAACAGACACACAUCCCUAGACACAGAUGGAUGCACAUUGAUGUGCACACUGGCACACCCAUUUGCAGGCACAAAUAUGUGUAUGCAGACUCUUUAAAAUGAAUGAUCAUUUUAGGUUAGAGGAUUGCUUGCUGACUAGCCACAGUUCAAAUGUACAGUUACCAUAGAUCACAGUGUACAAGUCAACCUUUGAAGCCUCUCAUUCUUUCCAAAAAUGGUGCUGACUUAUAUGUCGAGCAUAAAAUGUGAACAGCUGAUGUUUGGUGCAGAUGAUAUCAUUUUAAAAUGAGAAAAACAUUGACGUGUUUUAUUGAUUUAAUUACUUCCACUUCAACCACAUUCAAUGAUUUUUUAAAAUGUUAAAUUGAUUGUCUUCUGCAAAGAGAUCAUCAUUUUGAUCCAAAUCACUUCGGCUAUGGCUUCACCAGAAGGAUCCUCCUCUGGAAAAGUUUAGUGCUUUCAGUUUUUGAAUCAUCUCUGCACCAGAAUUCAUUUUCCUCUCCACCCAUUGAAUUGCAUAUUCUGCAAUGUUUGAAAGAUCUGAUGAUAGUUUGUGCAUUAAUAGCAUCCCACAAUUUGUUUGCAAACAUCAUUUGGGAUAACAUGCAUAUUUCCACUCUUUGUGGAGAUUUCUUUUUCUCCAUCCAUGCAUCCACUUAUUCCAUUUGCAAAAACAUGAUUCUUCACUGGCUUGUUGAUGCGCACGUCCAAAGGUUGGACUCCACACAUUCCACCCACAGUAUAAUUACAACCUUGGUGUUAAUUCCUCACAGAUGCCUCUUAACGUUAUUGGAUUUAUGCCAUCUGAGCACAUUCUGCAGCAAAAAGCUGUAUAAUUUAUAUAGGCUAUCAGGAUCUAUGCUCCAAUCUUAUGAAACCAUAGCUCCAUUUCAUCUGACCAGAGUCACGGGCAUGCACAGAAAUUCCUGCAGGAACUUGAUUUUGGUAUGCUUUUCAUUUGAAAGUUACCAUAGCCUCUAAUUUUAUUCCAUUUGCCAUGCAGGCUGGUACUACCAUGAAUCAUUCUCAUGUCUUGUGGGUUUUACUAGAACUGUUUUUGCACCAUCCUAUUCAAUAGUUCAGUUGUUGGGCAUAUCACAAUGCGUGAACAUUUCAUCCAUGACCUAAUGGUUUUACAUGUUUUUGCUGCUGUCUGAUGAUGAAACUGGUUGUUUUUGCAUCAAGGCCUUUUGAUUAUCUCUGAGCAAUCUUGGUCUGCUACCACAAGAUUAGACAUUUUUAUUUCAUGAAGUGGUUACACCAGCUGUUGCUCUGAAUCUUUGCUGGGUUGUGUUUGAUUUGGUCUUUGCUGGACUCAGUUUGAUUUAAGCGCAUGCCAACAACAUUGAUUCAAUUUCUGCACUCACUGAGGUUACUUCUCAAUCUCUCCCCUCGCCUCAGAUGUGGUGACCCUCAGAUUAAACCAUCACCAGUCAUAUCUCUUGAAUGAGAGAGUAGCCCUAUGGUCUGGUAAGACUAUAGCACCUGCAUUUCUGGUGAUGACCUAGCCAUUCUUAGAACUCAAGGGACUGUUUUGAUACAUGCUUCUCCACACCAGACCAUUGGCUGGUCCCCACUCUCAGGUGUGUUUAGUCUUGGACAUCUCCCUCAGGGCGGAUUACUCCUGCUUCCAGACUUGCACCAGUUUUUUUCACUUCGCAAACUCUGACAUUACAGCAUAGUUAAUCGACAAGUUAGCAAAUUUUUACUAGAAGACCCAUUUCUGUUCUUCAGUCACCAUGUGUGUCUAUUCUUUGUGUGCAUGCUUUCAACUUCAAUUAUUUCAUCAUGGUGACAGUCUAUGCCAACUGCUUGAUCCCAUGUGUUGACUUAUGAAGUGAAAAAUAAAGACCAACUCCUAAUGCGAGUACAAUUCUUAGUAGAAAAGUGGAUCAGCUUGAAUGCCAAGUCUAGGCCUAAACAUGUAUUUGGCUCUGGGAAAAUGGGGUUGUCUUCUACUCUGUGAUCUAUAGUACUUGAAAUUCAUUAAAUUCUUAAUGUUACAAUUGAACUGCUACAAUAGCUGCAUCAUAUCAAUACUGUCUAGACUUUGCUAAAGUCAACGUUAUGAUUCAAGUGGUUAACAUAGUGGACAACAGCUACUUGUACACUAUAACCUGGAAUUUGAAACACCAGCCUUAGUGAGUAGCCAGUAGUUGCUUAGGUGCUAGAUGAGGAACAGACAUUACCUGAGGAAUCAGCUCCUCAUUAUGCUGAGGAAAUGAGUGGAUAAAGCAUGUGUCUAAUCUUUGUUUCUGGGAGAAUUGAGCCUUCUCUGUAUAAUGUUUUAUUGGGGCAAAUAGUAGCUGUUCUGGAUAGUCACUAAUAUUAAUGCUGUCAUUGCUAAAGUAGUGCCAAUAGUUUGUUUAAUGAAAGGCCUCAUGUCUUCCAUCUGUUCUUAAUCCUGAAAUUCCAUUUGAAGGCAUAAAAGAAAAUAUUGGAUGAUACCGUAAUGUUUGUUUGCCUUUUAAUGGGGAAUGCUGGGACUACCAGUAGGUUGACAGAGAGGAGGAUGACUAUAUUAGGGGUUGAUGAAAACCAUCUUCAGUGACUGCUUGUCAAAGAAGAAUGUCGAGAUUUUUCUUGAUGUUUUAAGCUGCCCACUUAGCAAUACGUUUAAACUCCUAGCCAGCUUCUCAUAUUCUUCUUAUGCCUUCUGAAUAAUUCCUGCAAACAUUAGAAAAUACUUCAUUGAAAUUACUGGAAUUUUUCUUUUUUUGCAAUGAAAAGGAGAGCCAAGCUCUGCCAAUUUUGAGCUCUCUGCUUUGUCACUGAAGGGAAUAGCAACCUGACAGAAUCAGCGUACAAAUUGAGAUUAAAUUAACAGGUAAUGGAACACGUCAUUUUUGCUUAUAAUGCAUCAAGAUAGUCUUAUUCUUUUGUUUAUACUCAUUUUUUUUUCCAAUUCUGGGAAACACCAGCUGAUGGUGAUCUGCCCUUCAGUGCCAAAUCCUGCAUGUUUUCAUAUUCAUCUGAUCCUCCCACCAAUUUAAUGUGCAGGGUGACAAAUAGCUGAAUCGUGUACAUGGCUCCACAAACAUUGUCAAUGCCAGUGUACAGGCUAUGUAUAGUGAAGUUACCCAUUCUCAUUCAGAAGGCAGGUACUGUGCCAGUGCUAUGUGCUCCCUGCAGUGGCAGUGAUCAUUUCUGGAUAUAAGGGCCAAUACAUCCAACCUAGUAUGAGCAGAGCAGUGGAACGGUUUGUGUGCUUCAUUCAGUUGGGUGUGAUUUGAGCUUUUACCACCAGGCUAAGAACAGUUGCAAAUGAAUUGACACCAGCUUGAUGUUCUUUUCUGUCAAUUGAAAUGAGGCAAGUGUAAAACUGGGUGCUGAAUCACCUAACCCUAUCCUUCCAGCCUGUCUUUGGUUAGACAGUAAAAUGCUCUUGUCCCUAAAUUCAGCUACUUCAUUUUUACCAAGUUGGUGUAAAAGUGUUGUCCUGUAAGGAUUAGAUGACUUAAUAAGGAUGGUUUUUAACUAUCAGCGGAAAAUCUAUUCCUGCCUGGAAGGUGAGACCUUGCCUCCAUUCAAAUAGGAGAGCACUCGGGCCUGCCCUGAGCAAAACUGGAUAUACCAGCUUAUUGUAUCCAGAAAUUACAAUCAUUGUCUAAUAGCUGCUACAGGAGCUGAACUGCACCAUUGAACAAGGUCCUGAAUAUUCAGUCAAGCAUAAAGGACAAAAUGGUGAUCAGGAUUGGAGCACACAUGGAAUGGGAAGUGCCACACUUUGAAAUCGAAGCCCAGACAGUCUCACUGGCUGCAUGGAGUUCAAAUUGGCCCUGAUAAUCUGAUAAAUAUGGCAGGUGUUAUGAAUGAGGGAAUUGCAUGGCUUGAGGGCGGGAGGUCAAUGUAUACUUUUUCCUUAAAAUGUGGCUUUUUAUUGCAUAUUUGCUCAUUUGUGUUAAUAUUUUCUUAUUUUAAGUUGGGAAUGCCUAGCUGUGUACUAUGCUGGUGACAUACAUCUGUGCUGUACAUUCCCUGUUCUCAGCACACUAAACAUUAGAUUUUUAAAUAGAGUUUGAAGCUUAUUUUUGAAACAAGCCAGUGUUUUUGAUUGCUCAGAUGAAUUAUUACUGCCAUGGAAUCAUCCAGACUCACUCCCAUUUCAUCACACUAGAAGCUUCCAGUGACAUUCAAAUAAUUCAUGAUACGUUCUGAAAAUUGCAGUAUUACCUGAAAAUGUUGUCAGUCUUUCCUGAAAUUCAUUUCAAUGGAGCAUGAAGGAAUCCAUUUUUUUAAACCAUGAAAAUAAAUGAACUGAAAAUUCUAGUGGCUUAUCAUAUGUGCAUGAGUAUAUCUGUUACAAUAAUUAGGUCUUCCUAUCACUGAUUUAAUGGGUAGUAAGGUAUGACCUUUGUGAAACUUACCUUCUGGCUCAUAUUGUCCCAAGAAAGUUUGAUUUAUUUUCAUGUGAUACAACAGUCAGCUGUUCAUGCAGAGUAUCUUAAAAGUAAAACAAAUUCUCGGCAAUCCUUUAAAAAUGGACUGUUCUUUUUACAAAUUGAUAUUUCAAUUGUAGUGUUUUGUCAAAAUGUAUUUAGUCUGUAACUCUGUAGUCUAUAUAGCUUUCGCUAUUAUGGGAAACUGCUAAGAAAUAAAUUGUACUUACUAAAUAUCA